GAUGGCACCGUAAACAUUAGACCGUCAGGUGACCACUGCAUCAGACUUAUACCGUUUCGCAAUAUCUGAUCUAAUCACAGAAUUGCAAGCAGAUAGUUUACAACAAAUAUUCACAGGCAAAGAAAGCCAUGACCACCGUCGCCAACCUCAUUCACACCAUCAGCCUCCACCAAAGUGACGUCAACUGGGUGGCUUACAGCGGCAAGACCCUCGCAACAUGUUCUGGAGAUAAAACAGUCCGAUUGUGGAGCACAGAAGAUUUCACCGAGUACCCCUGCUCGCCAUUAUGUGGACAUGGAUACUAUGUACAUUGCUGUGUCUUUUCUCCAUUCGGGACAAUGCUGGCGUCUUGUUCCACAGACGGGAAGGUGAUACUGUGGGACAGUAAGACCGGAGAGAAGAAAGGAACGUUUGAGCAUCCUAGUAAAAGUGGCAUCAGGGUUUGUAGGUUCUCCCCAAAUUCCUCCUGGCUGGUCACGGGGAGUGAUGACGAGACACUGGUGAUAUGGGACAUGAAAACCAAAAAACUACACAGAACUCUUGUGGGUCACACAGCCUAUGUGAAUGCAGUUGCCUAUACCCCCUGUAGUGGCUUUCUGGUCUCAGGGUCCUCAAAUGGGGACCUCCGUGCCUGGGAUGCCGAAUUUGGCCACGGGCCGUGUCUUUGGUAUGAACUCGAGGGGCAUGACUUGGGGGUGAUGUGCUGCGAGUUUUCACCAACCUUUGGAGCGGGCAGCACUCUUAGUUCAACAGGUGAAGUGCAGUAUCUUCUAGCAACAUGUGGUAAUGACAACCUGGUCAAACUGUGGAAUUUUAGAGCCCGAUUUGGGACCACAGAUGUCUCUCUGACCCUCCGUGACACGCUAGCAGGACACCGGGAGACCGUCAUGGCGGUCUGCUUCUCCAGCUCUGGAAAUAUGCUCGCCUCGGGGUCUGGUGAUAAAACAGUAAGGUUGUGGGACCCUCUCAAAGGGGAGCCAUUACACACUAUAGAAGGACACUCCAGGUAA